GGUUAAACCUAUAUUCGUUGUAUUUAUACUGAAAUAUAUAGAAUUUGGAUAAAUCAAAUACUAAGUUAAAAAAUGGCUAGUCUUAGGAAGUUUAUUGAUAUAGGAGCAAAUCUCACAGACUCUAUGUAUUCAGGCAUAUACAAUGGGAAUAAAAAACAUGAGCCAGAUUUGAAACAAGUUUUAAAUAGAAGUUGGAAAGCAGGUAUACAAAAAAUGAUUAUAACUGGUGGAAAUUUAGAUGAAAGUAAAAAAGCUUUAGAAGUAGCUGACAAUGAUGAAAGAUUAUUUGUUACUGUAGGUUGUCAUCCAACUCAGUGUAAAGAGUUUGAAGAUAAUGGUGAAGAUGGACAUUCUUAUCUUGACAAACUUAAAGACAUUAUAGUUGAAGCUGGUGAUAAAGUUGUAGCUGUGGGCGAAUGUGGUCUUGAUUAUGACCGAUUGCAAUUUUGCCCAAAAGAUAUCCAACUAAAAUACUUCGAACUUCAACUUUCAUUAAGCAAAACAUUUAAUUUACCCUUAUUUUUGCAUUGCAGAAAUGCUGCUGAUGAUUUAUAUAAUAUUCUGGUCAGGUACAGGGGCCUAACAGGAGUAGUGCAUAGCUUUGAUGGGUCAAUAGAUGAAGCUAAUAAAUUUUUGGAAUUAGGUUAUUACAUUGGAUUGAAUGGAUGUUCCUUAAAAACUCUGCAAAAUUUAGAGACUGUUAAAUCAUUACCCAGUAAUAAAAUUCUCCUGGAGACUGAUUGUCCAUGGUGUGAAGUUAGACCUUCUCAUGCAGGUUAUCAAUUUAUUUCCAAGGAAAGCUUAGAUGUACCUUCUGUUAAGAAAGAGAAAUGGAUUCCUGACCAUAUGGUUAAAAGCAGAAAUGAACCAUGUAAUAUAAGACAAAUACUAGACAUUGUAGCUAAAGUUAAGAAUGAAAAUAGUGAUGUUUUAUGUGAACAAAUUUAUCAAAAUAGUUUACAGGUAUUUUUCCCAGAUAAAAAAAAUUAUAGUAAUGUAAUUAAAUAUUAACAG